AUGAAGAUUACUGCCCUCCUCUCGUUGGCCGCUGCAGUCUUGGCUUUUGCGGACGCUUCUCCUAUCAACCGAAGACCCCACUCCUCCGUUGGGCACUCUGUUCCUCUGACUCGCCGUGCCGGUUACAAGCACAACACCAAGGCCCAGAUCGCCAAGUUGAACAAGCGUUACCCUGGCCUUAAUGUUCUUGCUGCCUCUUCCGGAUCCAUCCCUCUGACUGACGUCAGCCCCGAUAUGGAGUACUACGGUAGUGUUUCCGUCGGUACCCCUACUCAGACUGUCAAGCUGGAUUUCGAUACCAAUUUCGAUUAA